AUGGCUGAUAACUCCAAAUUUAUUGACUACAUUGAUGAAGCUUUGGAAAAAUCAAAAGAAACGGCACUUUCUCGCUUACUUUUUACAUCUCAGGGGAUUCGUUACCCAGUCACAAUGUGCACCUCAGAAACUUUCCAAGCCUUGGACACCUUUGAAGCCAGAAGCGAUGACAUAGUGCUAGCAUCUUAUCCAAAGUGUGGUUCAAAUUGGCUUCUCCAUAUUGUUAGUGAAUUAAUACUUGCUGUUUCAAAAAAAAAGUAUAAAUAUCCAGAAUUCCCGGUUCUUGAAUGUGGAGACCCAGAAAAAUAUCAGAGAAUGAAACAGUUUCCAUCACCAAGGAUUUUGGCAACUCACCACCAUUAUGACAAACUACCUGGAUCCAUCUUCAAGAAUAAUGCCUAGAUAUUGGUGUUAUUUCGAAACCCUAAAGAUACCGCAGUAUCUUUUUUCCAUUUCCACAAUGAUGUGCCUGAUAUUCCAAGCUAUGGCUCUUGGGAUGAAUUCUUUGGACAGUUCAUGAACGGACAAGUUUCUUGGGGAAGGUAUUUUGAUUUUGCAAUUAAUCGGAACAAACAUAGUGAUGAUGCAAAUGUUAAGUUCAUGUUAUAUGAAGACCCGAAAGAGAAUUUGGCCUUUGGAGUAAAAGAAAUUGCUGAGUUCUUUGGGUUCUCUCUAACUGUGGAGCAAAUAGAAACUAUCUCUGCCCAGAGCACCUUCCAAGCAAUGCAGGCAAGGUCUCAGGAAACACACGGUGCUGUUGGCCCAUUCCUGUUCUGCAAAGGUGAAGUUGGAGAUUGGAAAAAUUUGUUCCGUGAAACUCAGAGCCAGGAAAUGGAUGAGAAAUUCAAAGGGUGCUUAACAGGCACCUCUCUAGGCGCCAAGUUGAAGUAUGAUUCAUAUUGCCAGGCUUGA